AUGCUCUCCCUGGGCGCCCUCCGCAAGCUCUGCGCAGCCUUCGACGCCGUCGCGCUCACCAUCAUCGCCGCGGGGCUCUCGCGCCCGCCCUCGGGCCGCCACCCCUUCUCCUCCGCGCACGCGCACUCCCCGCACCCCGUCGACUUCCCCACCAUCGCCGCCUGCCGCGCCACGGUCUCCGCCUCGAAGGGUGACCGCCGCCGCCGCCCCCCCGUCGUCGGCCAGCCCUCCUCCUCCCCGUCCCCCGCAGCCGCCGCAGCCGAGGAGAAGGCGGAGGAGGAGGAGGAGGAGCGGCCGGUGCUGGUCAGGAUCAAGCACGAGCGGGACCCGGAGCGGCUGUACCAGAUGUUCAGGGCCAAUGCGCACAACCGCCUCCUGGUGGAGAACCGCUUCGCGUUCGAGGACGCGGUGGCGCGCCUGGCGGGUGCUCGGCGGAAUGACCUCGUCGAGGAGAUCCUCGAGCAGCACAAGGCGCUGCCCCAGGGGAGGCGGGAAGGCUUUGUGGUCAGGAUCAUCGGCCUGUACGGGAAGGCCGGGAUGCCGGGCCACGCGCUGCAUACUUUCCAGGAGAUGGGGAUGUAUGGGUGCCCGCGCACCGCCAAGUCACUCAACGCCACCAUGAAGGUGCUGCUGCGGGCACGGAUGUUUGAUGAGGCUCUGUGGCUGUUCGAGGAGGGGCCAGAGAAGUAUGACGUCGAGCUGGACGACAUCUCGUGUAACACGGUGGUGAAGAUGUACUGCAACAUGGGGGACUUGCGUGCUGCGUACCGGGUUAUGCAGGGGAUGGAGGGGGCUGGUGUGCGACCGGAUGUCGUCACGUACACGACACUCAUGGCUGCCUUCUAUAAGUGUGGCCGGCGCGAGGUUGGGGAUGGUUUGUGGAACCUCAUGAGGCUGAGAGGUUGUGAGCCGACACUUGCUACCUACAAUGUGAGGAUCCAGUUCCUGAUUAACAGGGGAAGGGGGUGGCAUGCUAAUGAGUUGGUGCGGAAAAUGUAUGCAGCGGGGAUCAAACCAGAUGAGAUCACAUACAAUCUAAUUAUCAAGGGUUUCUUCAUGAUGGGUGAGCAUGAGAUGGCCAAGACAGUCUUUGGCGCGAUGCAUGGGAGGGGAUGCAAGCCAAACAGUAAGGUUUACCAGACAAUGGUCCAUUACCUCUGUGAGAGAAGGGACUUUGAUUUGGCAUUCAGGUUCUGUAAGGAUAGCAUGGAGAAAAAUUGGUUUCCGAGUGUUGAUACUAUUAACCAACUGUUGAAAGGUCUCAUGGCUAUCUCAAAGGAUAGGAAUGCGAGAGAGAUAAUGAAGUUGGUUACUGGGAGAAAACCUUCGUAUUCAGAUGGUGAAAUGAAGGUCUUCAAAGACAUAUUAUCUCAUAGGAAGACUGGAAGAUAA